AAACACACGGAAAAGCGCAGACCAUGCGGUAGCGUUAGUCAUAGGUCUGCUCACAGGUCUAGUGUUUUGGGUGAAUACGUGAGUAUUUGCAAUAAAAUGUCUUCAGUUAAGCCUCAGAUAGAGUUUAUCAACGAGCAGGUAACUCCUGUUGAAGAAACAUUCACAGAGUUUAAAGAAAUCAAAGUCAAGAUCGAGGAAGAGAUGGAGGAUCAGACAGAAAUCAACGUUAAGAUCGAGGAAGAGACGGACGAUCAGACAGAAAUCAACGUUAAGUCCGAGGAAGAGAUGGACAAUCAGACAGAAAUCAACGUUAAGUCCGAGGAAGAGAUGGACGAUCAGCGCAGACUGAUGGGUUGCACCCGGAUACGGAAAAUCAUCUUUCAACGUAUAGAUCUCCCACAAUGCUGUGUGUGGAAAGAGGAGGAGGUUCUCAAUGAAACAGAACCACAGAGGAACCAACUCAUCUCUCAUGGCUCUCCAGAAGCUGAGAACCAGGAUCAGGAAGGAAGCGAUUCUGAAGACCCAGGAAAAAAGAGAAAGGAAGAACAGAAACAAAAGGAGAAAUGUGAGAAAACCAAACAGUGGAAAGGCAGAAGUGACACCAAACCAAAAGACCACAAGAAAGCUCAACCAGGGAAAAAAUUAUAUUCUUGUAAAGUUUCUGAUAAAACAUUUUCUCAAAACAGUUGCUUGACGAAACACAUAACUCACACAGGAGUAAAACCUUUCACACAUCUCAAUGCUCAUAUGAAGGUUCACACAGGUGAGAAGCCUUUCUCCUGUGGGACCUGUGGAAAGAGUUUCUCUAGAAAAGGACAGUUCAUUGUUCACAUGAGAAUUCAUACAGGUGAGAAGCCUUUCUCCUGUGAAACCUGCGGAAAGAGUUUCUCUCAUAAAAGUACGUUAAUUAUUCACAUGAGAACUCAUACAGGUGAGAAACCAUUCUCCUGUGGGACCUGUGGAAAGAGUUUCUCUCGAAAAGACUAUCUAAAUGAUCAUAUGAUUGUUCAUACAGGUUGUGCCUGCCGGCGUUUGAAGCUCCAGGAACUAGCCAUCAGGACCCCGCUCUCGCCGUGCUGCCUGUUUUGA